AUGGGCGCGAGCCCCGCAAGCCUUGCUGGUCUGUGGUUGUUUGCCGACAAGCCGAGCGAGGUCGGCGAUGGCCUUGUGGGUUUGUACACCGGGCUGGGGGCCAGCCGUGGAAGGCGCAGUUCCCACGGCCCAACCACCAACCUCCACGGGGCGCCGCAGACCGAGACUGCCCGAUCACAGCCCGGCCCGAGGGUUGCGGGCGGUGCUGUCGCUGUCGAUAUCGCUGCGGCGCCUGCCCGAGAGCCGCCAGCGAUGUGCCAGCGAUGUGCCAGCAAUAGCGCCAAGCAUCGGUGCCAGCAAUGUCGUCAAGCACUGUCGCAGGACAGAGUCGCUGACCGAGAUGCCCGGUCGCCGAUGGCACUGCUCGUUGCCAAGAAGCGUGGGGUCGAUCGCCAAGACAAGACCGCACUCUCCUUGUCGGCCCCGCCAACGGCGUGCCCGCACAUGGCUCUCGACCUUGCAACAGACCCUGGCUCGGGCCGGCCACCCUGGUCGUUGGGCAGCCAUGGCACGGGGCGGCGGACGAGCCAUGCGACUCAUGCAAUCUCUGCCAUGCGACUCAUGCAAUCCCGGCCAUUCGUCAUCAUCGUCAGGGUCGGCAACAGCGCGGGGCUCCCAUUCAGCAUGCAGGCGUUCGCCGCGAUAUGGCCGCUGAGCAGUAUUGGGUGGUUCGGGACCGUCUCCUCAUACCGAUGGUAUCUGCGGCAGCUCCAAUGA